CAUACAGAAGAGUGGAAGCUCUCGAUCGUGGCAUGAUGUAUUCAGUUUAUCUGCAACACGGAACAGUGUGGUUUUGCUGUGUGCUCUUUGCUGUACUGGGAGGCAAUGUUUAAUGCAGAUGAAUAUAAACUGUCUUAUUAAGAUGGAGUGGCAUGAGGCAUCAAGGUCUGCAGGAAUAUCUGUGGAGCUCAGAGUUGCUGCUGUUGAGUGUAACUUGAGUUUGGAAGUGGGGGAGCUCAAAGCACUGAAUGGUAUGAAAAUUAGAAGCUCAGAGGCUCGCAGUAUUCAGUUUGUCAAGAGCAAGGGAAGCAAGAGGCUUCCCUUAACUGUGACCGGUGUGCCAAUAGUUUUGGAGUGUGCUGUUUGUGUUACAAGCAGCAAUCAUUGCAUGUUCUCAGCAGCCAGCAUCUGCGUACAGAGGGGAUCUUGGUACGUCUAAAGGUUAUCAGGGUCCAUUCUGAGAAACAGCAUCUGAACUGUGUCUAUUUGGUGCUGCCAGUGAGAAGGUUUGUGUAGGGUGUCAUCCUUCAGCUAUAGAUAGCAAACGCAAGCUCCUUACAGAGAAACCUCUUACCAGUCACUUUCCACAAAUGGUACGUGUACCUAAAGGUACUUAAUGAAAAUCCUUGAGAGGUAUUUAAUGCAAAAGCAGUUAGUCUCUCCAGUGCAUUUCAGAAACACGCACGCACCGCUGGCAGGAAGGAGUGCAGUGCAGCCGCAGCUCGGCUCUUGGGCCAGUUACUGGUUUUGUCUAGCCAGGCUCUGCCACCCCAAGAGCUUGCCAAGAUGUGUGACAUGGGGGGGCUCGACAACCUGAUUGCCAACACAGCCUAUCUGCAGGCCAGGAAGAGUGGAGAUGGAGACACCAAGGAGAUGCAGAAGAGACGUAAGAGCCUCUCACUGCCGAAGAUUGAUCAGUGUGGAGAGGUUAGGCAGUCCAUAGCUGCUGACUACGAGAGCAUCUGUGAACAGCAGCCCAUUGGCAAGAGAUUCUUCAGAGACUUCUUAGGGACAGUUCCAGAAAAUUUGGUAGCUAGGGACUUCCUGGAUGAGGUGUCAAACUGGGAGUUGGCAGAGGACAACAUCAAGGGCAGUACCAUGGAGAAUAUUAUCACCAACUUUCUUAAGACAGGCUCCAAAAAUUAUCUGUCUUUCAUGAGCUCAGACUUGGUCAGUAAAUGCCAGGCAGCCACUGAGAAAGACUACGAAAAUGUUGUGCAGCUGGCUAGAGAGGAAACCAAACUCUUCCUUCGAGGCAAGCCCUUCCAGGACUUCCAGACUAGCCCCUUCUAUGACAAAUUCCUCCAGUGGAAAGUUUUUGAGAAGCAGCCAGUGACUGAUAAAUAUUUCUAUGAGUUCCGAGUGCUGGGCAAAGGUGGCUUCGGAGAGGUUUGUGCCAUUCAGGUGAAAAAUACUGGCAAGAUGUAUGCCUGCAAAAAACUAGAUAAGAAAAGGUUGAAAAAGAAAAGCGGAGAGAAGAUGGCACUACUGGAGAAAGAAAUCCUGGAGAAGGUCAACAGCCCUUUCAUAGUCACGUUAGCUUAUGCCUAUGAGAGCAAAACCCAUCUGUGUCUUGUCAUGAGCCUCAUGAAUGGAGGUGAUCUGAAAUACCACAUCUACAAUGUAGGACAAAGGGGUUUAGAAUUGAACAGGGUCAUUUUUUACUCAGCUCAGAUCACCUGUGGGAUUCUGCAUCUUCAUUCCAUCAAGAUCAUUUACCGGGACAUGAAACCGGAAAACGUCCUCCUGGAUGAUAACGGGAACUGCAGACUGUCUGAUCUUGGAUUGGCAGUGCAAGUCAAAGAGGGAAAAUCCAUCACUCAGAGGGCUGGGACAAAUGGUUAUAUGGCUCCAGAAAUCCUGAAUGAAGAAAGUUACGGCUAUCCUGUGGACUGGUUUGCUAUGGGAUGUAGUAUUUAUGAGAUGAUUGCUGGGCGAACGCCAUUCAAGGAUUUCAAAGAGAAGGUCGGAAAGGAUGAGGUUAAACGAAGAACUCUGGAAGAUGAGGUGAAAUUUGAACAUGCCAACUUCACAGAGGAAACGAAAGAUAUUUGCCGACUGUUUUUGGCUAAGAAACCAGAGAAUCGUUUAGGAAGCAGAAAUGAAGAUGAUGACCCAAGAAAACAUAGUUUCUUCAAAACAAUAAAUUUCCACAGGCUAGAGGCAAACCUUAUUGACCCUCCAUUUGUGCCAGAUCCAUCAGUUGUCUAUGCCAAAGAUGUUGCAGACAUUGCUGAUUUCUCUGAAGUACGAGGAAUUGAGUUUGAUGACAAAGACAAGAAGUUCUUCAAAAAAUUUGCGACGGGUGCUGUCCCUAUACCCUGGCAGGAAGAAAUUAUUGAAACUGGACUGUUUGAAGAACUGAAUGAUCCUAACAGAGUAGAUUCUGGCGGAUAUGCAAAUGGAGGCGAAGCUAAGUCAGGAGUUUGUUUGUUGUUGUAAAUAUCAGAUCGUCACCAAAAAGAUUAGAAAGAACCUCAGAACUUUCCAUAUUCUGACUCUGUUUCAGAAAUUCAGUGCAUCUGUUUAAGAAGAACUAAUCGGUGUAAUUCGACAUUGACAGGCUAUGUAGACCACAAGCUGUAAUGACCAUAUUAUUUUCCUUUGUCCAAGCAAAGGAGAUAAUACUUCUGUUUUACUGGAGACUUAAUCAAGAUGGAGGACCAUAUUUCUCUAAGGAACUUAGGAUGAUAGAAAUUCUGAAAUACAAAAAGCAAUAAUAGAGUGAAGAGGCAUCUCCUCUGGAAAGUUACUGACUCUACCAUUUUGAAUACAAUAAUUUAUUGGCUUUCUGUUUGUUUUGUUAUUUCUACUAAUGUUUCUUCUUUGUUCUACAGUUCUCAAGACAGACUUUUUAAUUUUCAGGUAAUAUUAGACAGUGGAGCUCAAAUCUUGUGUCAAACUUGGAUGCUUAUUGGUUAGCCAGUCUGUCUGUUGUUUUCUUAAUUUCUGUUAGAUUUUUGGUUGGUUUGAUUGUCAAUAAAUGUAAAGGAAGGCUCUACAGGUGGCUACAAAAUAGGACCAUCAGGAUCAAAUUAUUUCAAAACUGAUUUUAACAGAAUAAAGAGAAGAAUGCACCAAUUUAAUUGAAUAAAGCAUUAUUAUUAAGCAUAUUAUUUUAAGUGGUAAUAUCGUAUACAAAGAAAAUGUAUUUAUAAGUGAACGUCCAUUCUUUUUGACAAUCAAUUUCAACCUUUUAUUUGGUCUCCUGAUAAUAUUUCUGUAUUUUGGUGAUAAAUUAAACUACAAAUUAACUAAACCAAUUUGUAGCUGGCUCUUUACAAGAAAUAUAUUUCAGUAUAAUACAAAUAUUAAUUCAGUCACUGAUUAGAAUGCAUAUAUGCAAGUUGACACCUUCAUCUUCAGCAGUUCAUUGAUUCUUACGCAAAUUUUGAGGCAUCUGUUUGAUUUUUAAUUUUAUGACAAUCUACACAGAAUUAAUUGGAAGCAUUUAAGUGAAUACUUGCUAGUGUUAAAGUCUAUUACUUGUGAAUCACAUCUUACUGUUUUCUCUGGUAAGAAGAAAAUAGGUGGUAGUUUUUUCCUAACAACUUCUAAAAUUGAUUAUGUAUGUUGUUUGCUGUCAUCUGUCUAGCUAUAAUUUCCAUUAACUACAGUGAAAUUGGAAACUGCUCCAUUUGUUUGAGUCCCGGAGGCUGCUAAUACUUUUUUCUUUGUAGAGCAAACAUCCUCCUCAGCUCAACUUUAUUUUAUGUAGACACUGUGGCUGUUCAGGAAGAGGAGCAUCAAUAGAUAAGCUGUCUUCUGUAAUUAUAUCUGUUGUGCAAACAUAGCUUUAAUGAUUAUUAAUAAUCUAAUACCUCAUUCCAAAUGGUGCAAUAAUAAAAAAUUCUUUAGUAUUAAA